UUGACGCCUACACGGAGCGCGGUGGAUUCUGGGUAGAAAGGUCAAGAAUCGAUGGCCGCGGAAGACGGGGAUUUACUGCCUAAGAAAGAUUAGCGAUUUACUGAGCUAACGAACACUACCGAUCAAAACUACUCUGCGGUUUUAAAUGAAACUUUUACGCGUUGGUGUUGAUGGUACAAGAAAACACUGUAAUACUCUGCCGUCUGGUUUCUGGUACUGUGGUAAGCUAACGCUGGCUGGCUAACAGCCGCAUUGUUAUUGUUUUCGCGUUAGAUUAGAUAUACACUCCGAGGUCCCCCAUCCGAGGCAGGGGUCCGGACUGCCUGAGUGAUGUGUUUCUGUCCGAACCGGGAAGAUGGAUGAGAAAUCCAACCACCACCGGCUCCUGAUCGUACUCCUCAUGGUGUUGCUCUUUGGCGUCAUUAUGAUCCAGUAUGUUUGCCCGAGCAGGUCCGAGUGCCAGAUGCUCCACCAUCUGGGAUCCUGGUUUAACGCCGGCAGCGCAACUAGUUCUCGGGGAGCUGGCAGUGAAAUCCAGGGCGGGCUCCAGAAAGAUCCGUACAUAGCAGAAGACGGCGCUCUGGCCCGCUUUGUCCCUCGCUUCAACUUCACCAAAGCAGACUUGAAUCGCGUUGUAGAAUUUAAGAUCAAGGGGGAUGAUGUCAUAGUUUUUCUGCACAUUCAGAAGACAGGCGGUACGACGUUUGGUAGGCACUUGGUGAGGAACAUCCAGUUAGAGAGGCCGUGCGAGUGCCACGCAGGUCAGAAGAAAUGUACCUGCUUCCGGCCAGGUAAAAAGGAAACCUGGCUCUUCUCUCGGUUCUCCACCGGCUGGAGCUGUGGGCUGCAUGCAGACUGGACUGAACUGACCAGCUGUGUCCCUUCACGGAUGAACUCACCGGAUGCUCCCAAGAACUUGCCCAGGAACUAUUAUUAUAUAACCAUCUUAAGAGACCCUGUGUCACGCUACCUUAGUGAGUGGCGUCAUGUCCAACGCGGCGCCACCUGGAAGGCAUCUUUACAUGUGUGUGACGGACGAUCACCAACGCUAACAGAGCUGCCAAGCUGCUAUUCAGGAGAUGACUGGUCGGGCUGCACCCUGCAGGAGUUCAUGGACUGUCCCUACAACCUGGCCAACAACCGGCAGACCCGCAUGCUGGCUGACCUCAGCCUGGUGGGCUGCUACAACGUCUCCGCCAUGAGUGAGGAGGAGCGCUGGGCAGUGCUUCUGGAGAGUGCGAAACGCAACCUGCGUGGCAUGGCCUUCUUUGGACUGACUGAGUAUCAGCGUAAGACCCAGUAUCUGUUUGAGCGAACCUUCAACUUGGAGUUCAUCGCACCCUUUACGCAACUCAAUGGUACACGGGCAUCCAGUGUCGAGGUGCCUUCUGAGACGCAGUGCAGGAUUCGCCAGCUGAACCGAUGGGACGUGGAGCUGUACGAGUAUGCCCGCGACCUUUUCCUGCAGCGCUUCCAGGUGGCGAGGCAGCAGGAGCGCAGGCAGGCCAGGGAGAGGCGGCAACAGGAGAGGAGGCGGCUCCGAGGAAGGCUCGCAACAAAGCAAGAGAGGCAGCUGAAGCCCACUGAAACCCCACGACAGUCCAACAUCCAUUCUGUCAAAGCUGAGGAGCAGCGGAGAGAGGAUGCUGCUGAAGACGGUGUGGAGUCUGAAGUGCUGCUCCCAGACUGGUGGGAUCUGGAUGAGAACAGCACUAUGGAGGACUAUCUUGAUAAUGUGGAGCAGUGGUAGUGAUUAAGGCGAGCAGUAGGUUGUCUUAUUGCUAAAUGUGCCAACUUCUGCCUUGUCUGUUUUCAUGAAUCCAAGUUUAGUAAAUGCCUUCCAUAUUCGUUUUGCCAUGAACUGUUUCGACAACACGUUAAUUUAUUGAUACUGAUUGUAUUUCUUUGCCACAACUGACAUUCAAGUCUAGCUACCUGCGAUCCUACCUAAUCCUGUAUACCUGAAGACAGUAGCCUUUGACACAGUUCUCAUAGACUUUAAACACUUCUGAAAUCUUGUGAUGUAGCUUGGGACGAGGGAGUGGUUUUCUUCGGUACAAGGAAUAAUGUGAUACAUCUUUCUAUUUAAUAAACACUACUGUUUGUGAUUAACAAUCUGUAUAUUUGCCAAAUUGUUGUCUUGUCUGAAAUGCAUACAUUUUCAAAUGUACCUGUUUUUAAGUGUCUUUUCAGCAUCAGAAAAGGGAGAAUGGGUUUUUUUUAAUAGAUACCUCAAUGUGUAGCAUUAACUGUUAUUGUAAAAAUGACCGAAUGUAUCUGUUUUUAUAUAAAAAUUCUUUUACAUUUGCUGAA